UGGCUGAUGCCCGGCUCCGGACGCCGUCCCAGUAUAUUGCUCUUCUUCCUGUCACUCGUGCUCCCCAGGCGUUCGCUGACUCUCAUUCGCGGAUCCCGGGCUGUGGAUGACCCAUAUCGAGCGCGGCGCUUUCCCAGGUGAGCGCGAGAAGAGAGGGCGCGCUUAAAUAUUGUGACAUCAGCCGCGGGGGCGCCUGCUUGAUUCGCACCUCCAUGUCCGACCAUGGCGCGGAGAACGACCUCCAGGCAUUGCUCGACUUUGGGCGGCGCGUGUGCGUGCCGACGCAGGUUGUAGAGGACAUCAGCGAUCUACCGUAUCUUGCGACGAUUGCACGGGUGGCACAAUGGUCGUUUGACAGCAUCCCGCUUGUGCGCGCGACGCACGACGCUCGUGUCCAGAUAGCGGAGGCCCUCUUGAUUGUUCUGGGAAAUCUUUUGGAUAUAAUUCGAACGGCGGAAGUUGCGCUCACGCCGUCGGAAUUACAGUUGCUCACACGGGUGGUUAGCGCGGUAGAGUCUGUAUACGCAAAGUUACGGGAGUUCUUGCCGGGAGCACAGGCGCUUGACGAUGACAGAAUCCUCGAGUGGUCGGAUUGCAAGUACCUCGUCGCCGACAUCAUUUCGGAGACAGAAGCCGAAGAGACUCUGGACGAUAGGCGGCUAGGGAGCCUCGAAGAGUGCCAAAAGCGCAUUCAACAGACAGCUGAGGACUUGGUGAACAUUGUCAAGAACCGCAGACCAGAAUCGAGUCGCCAGAUCACUAUAGUUGACAAAGUCACGGACGAGGCCCUGCUCGCUAAACGAUGCGAGUACCUCUUGCCCAGCGUCCCCGCUCACACGCUAGACCGAUUACGACCCCGAGAGCACAUUGCCAGAAGCAUUGCACGGAGCACCGGCCCUGUAUACCACUGCGUGCUUGGUUCAGCAGGUGUGGGCAAGACGACCUUCGUGAGGACGUUGCUUCGUGACCCGCAGGUCGUCGAAAGGUAUGCCUACCGCCGCUUCUACGUUGCAUGCGACGAUGCGCGCAGCGUCGACGACGUAGUCACAAUGAUCUGCGCGCAGCUAGGUUGCAUGCGGCGCGGCCGUUGGCGACGCCUGCUGCCGCGGCCUGCGCUCCUCGUGCUCGACGGCCUCGACGGACUAACGACGAGCCCGCGGCACACUCUCUCCCUCGAGAGUUUCCUCUCACGCUGCUGCCGAACGCAGGGCUUGAGCUUGAUCGUGACGCUGCGCGGGCCUCGGAGACCGCGCAAUAUACCGUGGACGACGCCGCUCCUGCCGCCGCUAGGGAACCUCAGCCUGCGCGAGGCUGAGCAGUUAUGCAGAUGGAAGGCGCCUUUGCUUACCCCUGACCAGGUGCAAGAGUUAUUCGGCCUCUGCGAUGGACAUGUAAUGGGGCUGACGCUCCUCGCGACGUCGGCGUCCUAUGAGGGCUUCAGUCGCUGCAUGGACCGAUGGCGCGCACGCGCCCGACGCGAGCAUAUCGAUGCUGCACCCGCACUGGACGUCAUCAUCGCAUUCGCCAUCAGGAGCCUGCACUAUACGAACCCCAUGCCCGACCCGCGCUUGCGGAGGCGGAAGGCCGACUACCCACUGAUCCUCCUUGAACUAGCGAGUCUUCUCCCCACGGGCCUUUCGCAUCGCGUCGCAGAGGAGUUGCCAGUGUACGAGACAGCGAAGCCAAGGACAUGGUCUGGGUACGCGCCGGACGCAUGCUACGACGCCAGUUUGAAUGGGAACACAGACUACUUGCCCGACAUGGUGUACCUGCGCGCUCGAGAGGCAAAGCUUGUGCAUAUGGGCUUCGCGCGAAGAGAGGGUGAUCACCUCGUUGUGCCACCGACAGUGCGCGCGCAUAUCAUGGCGGCGAGGCCCGAAGUCGAGGUCGAGCCGAUCGCACUGUCGACAUUCGAUCUGCCGUCGCUGGUGCGAUAUGCGGAUUGGCUGCCCAUGGGCGACACGCUGUUGCGGAUUGGCGAGCUGCUCUUGGGCGCACGGCACCUGGCGCUGCACGCAAUGGAGGAGGCGGAGGUGGUUGAAGAAGCCGUCGGGUGCGCCAUCGACACUGCGUACAUCGGCGCCGCGACGGGUUGGCGAGUGUCAGACUUCAUCACGAACGACACCGUUAGACGCGCCGUCGAAGACGAGGGGAAUCCGAGGUUGCACGUCCGCUACUUGUUAUGUCUAUCGAGGGUCGUUCGGGGCGAAGGCGACGCCGUACUGCGAGCGAUGGAGAUUGCGAGGGAAGAGGAGAUGCCAAGCUGUGAAGCUUUGUGCCACAUACGUCUCGCUGAGCGUAUCUGCGAUGCUGCGGCAGCAUCAAUUGGCAGCAGCUCGCGUACACCCCAGCCGCCGCCCCUUUCUCGUCCGCCUACGCCCCAAAAUGCCCGUCCGCCUUCGCGCACUGUCCCUCCUCGCCCGACACCCGGUGAACACGCCGACUACCUCUCUCGUGCCGCCAGUCACGCCCUUGACGCUAUUCCGCUAGCCCACGAGGGCUACGACUCCAACGCCGAAUUCCACGCCUUUCAAAUCCUUGCUACCAUCCGCAUCCACCAGCGACGGCCCCACCUCGCCCUCUCCUCCCUCCUCGCUGCCCUCCAUGUCGCCCCCUUCUCACAGAACGUCGUUUUGGAGGCGCGGGCGCUCGCGCGCGUCGCCUGGGUCAAAUUCCUCAUCGGAGACGGGAAAGCGGCCUUGAAAAUCAGCAGAGGGGUCGUUAAGCGGCUCAUGGCGCUCGGCGCAGACCCGGUGGAGGAGAGGUGUCAGCUGGCGGAAAUACUGCUAGGAUGCGGUCAUUUUGACGAGGCUAAGCGAGUCGCGAGCAGGGUGUUGGGCAGGCGCAACGGGAGUCGCAGGGCGCGGGUGGCGAGAGCGCAUGCAAGGGUGGUCUUGGUGAAGGUGGCGUCGGCGUGCACGGGUAUCCCGGAUGCGGAGGGGGCUGCGAAGGAGCUGGCGAAGGCGUACGCGGUAUGUGUACGCGAAGGAAACGAGCGCGGGGCGCUGGCGUGCAAAGUGGUUGGUGCUCAGCUGGUUGUGCGCACUGCUCGGUCGGCGGAGGAGACGGAGCAUGGGCGGCAGCUCCUGCUGCAAUGCCUGGAGCACCGUGCGAUGUGGGCAGAGGUGCAUGCAUUGCUAGGGGAAAUGGUGCUCUCAGGGAUUCCUACGCUUCGGGGUACGGCUCGGAUGCCAGCCACCGCCGAUGCCCAGCCGUCUCUCGCCACCGCGCACACCCACUGCAUCCUCUCCCUCGCAGCCGGCUUUCUGGAAUGCAACAUGCGCUGGGUAUGCGCGGCGCUGAGGAGGCUGGCGAGCGUGUGGUGCCGUGACGACCCUGCCGAGUAUACGCUGGACAUUGGACAUUCCGAGCGUCUCGACACCGCAUCGUCCCUCCUCCUCGCAUCCCUCUCUGGCUUCGAGUGGACAGGCAUGGCGCACGAACGCGCGGAGGCCAUGCUAGAGAUGGGGGAUGUGCUUUGGGCUCAGUCGUCAAGGGACGACGCCCGGCAUUGGUGGCAGCGCGCAUGGGACGCGUUCAGCGCUUGCGGGUUACACCAUGGGGCAGCGAGGUGUCGGGAGAGGUUGCGGAGGGUUGGAUUGGAACGUUGAGAAGGAGGGCUGGACUGGGAAUCGGGAAUGAAGGUAAAAACCAGAGAUGACGGCCAAAGGGAAAUCUGGACGCUCAGAAAGGCUUGACCUCGCCGCGACUAACGACCUCACGACGCAUACCCCUGCUUUCUACUUAUUCGCGUUGUCACUUGUACAUUGCUCUGUAAAUUAUCUAGCUAUCGUUUAGCGGUUGUGUGUUAUAUAGAAAUGUUGCGUACCUGUUAUAUAGAUGUGCGGGUUCUGGGGACACUACGAGACUCGAGUGCAACUUGUUCGGUG